ACAACUUGAAUGUUUAUAUACAUAAAAUAAAAGUAUACACAUUGUUAUGAUCGAAUUAAUCUUCUAAUUAUAAAGAAUGUUACCUGGAAUUGGAGUAUUUGGAACAGGACCAGUAGUUAAAGUUUUAGUUCCAAUUUUAGUAGAAAAUGGUUUUAAAAUAGAAGCUAUAUGGAGUCAUACUCGACAAAGCGCUCAAGAGACCGCUAAAGAACUUAAAAUUCCAUUUUUCACAGAUAUAAUUGAUGAAGUUUUACUUCGCAAAGAUGUAGAUUUAAUAUUCGUGCUAUGUCCACCAAAUUUACACGCUCAAAUAUCCGUAAAGGCGCUUGGUAUAGGAAAACAUGUAGUAUGCGAUAAACCCGCUGGAUUAAAUCAAUCUGAUGCAUUGAAAAUGGUCGGAGCGGGGCAGUACUAUCCCUCUUUAAUAUCUCUUAUUAACCAUUCGUUUAGAUUUCUUCCAGCAAUAACACAAAUGAAAAAAGCACUCAGAGACAACUAUCUUCAAUCACCAAUAACAUUAAUUGAUAUUCGAAUUCAAAGUGGAUGUCUUUUUAAUGAUUCCGAUAUUUUUGAUUGGAAAUGUGACGAUCGAAUGGGUGGAGGAACUUUAAAUCUAAUAGGAAGUCACGUAGUCGAUUUAAUCACAUUUCUAACCGGACAAAAAGCUAUUAAAGUACAUGGAGUUGUAAGGACAUUCACAAAAAAUACAUCUAAUAUAAAUGGUAUUCGAAGUAUAUCAGCACCAGAUUUCUGUACCUUUCAAAUGGAAUUGAAAAAUGGCAUUUUAGUUACUGCUACAUUAAAUAGUCACACAGUAGGUUCAACUUUCAAUCAAGAUGUUAUGAUAUGUAGUAGUACUGGACAUCUGGUUGUUAGAGGUGGAGAUCUUUUCGGUAGAAAGAACAAAGGAAAUGAAGAAGUACUUUAUCUUGAUGUUGAAGAUUUACAAUGUCCAGUACCUAACUCAGUAUUACCAAAAACUUUUGUUAAAGGCUUGUGUAAAAUGGUUGCAGCAUUAAGAGAAGCUUUCUUACCUAAUAAUGAAAAAGAGGGAUGGAUAAAAGAGCCAGUUGAAGCUGCAGCAACAUUCGAAGAUGGAUUAUAUGUUCAAGCUGUUUUGAGUGCUAUUAGAGAAUCAUCUCAGACUAGACAAUGGGUAAAAGUGAAAGUGAUGACUGAACAGCCAGAUAAAAAUGAACUGUUGAGCGCUGUUGUUAGAAGAACAGCCAUUACUAUUUCUUAGUUUUUUUAAAUUUAUUUUUAAGUUAUUCAUGUAUUGUAUUUAACAAAAUUUAUAUUUUAUGUGUAAGUCUACAUUUUUAAAUUGGAAAUGCAAAAUAUAUUUAAUCAAAAAGCUGUAUAAAUCGUUGUAUGUUAAAAUAUUUUCAGUACAUUUUUUUUGUUCUCA